AUGGCCCUCAUGAAUGUCGAUCAAGUGCCCCCCACCAAGCCAGAAGAAAAGACCGCCGAGGUUCUUGUGACCCCUUGUGAUCCCUGGCCCGCGCCAUACUAUUUGGAAGAUGGUUUCCGUCGCGUGAAGCCAUACCACUACACAUACAACACGAAUUGCAAGGAGCGAUGGAGGGGUCGCCAAUUGGUCGAAAUCUUCACUUCCGAGUUUCGCGAUCGCAAGCCUGAAUAUUAUAGAACUGCCUUGGAAAAAGGUCUUGUGCAAGUCAACGGCGUGCGGGCCUACCCCGAAACGACGUUGAAGAACGGCCAGGUCAUCUCCCACACCCUCCACCGCCACGAACCACCUGUCACCAGCCUUCCCAUUGGGAUCAUUCAUGAGGAUGACGACCUCAUUGUCAUUGACAAGCCCGCCGGUGUGCCGGUCCACGCUGCAGGCCGAUACCACUUUAACUCUGUGAUCGAAAUCCUGCGCUCCGAGCGUGGCUCCGAAUGGCUGCCCCGCCCUUGUAACCGACUCGACCGAUUAACUUCCGGAAUCAUGUUCAUUGGUAAACACCCCAAGGGCGCUGAGAAGAUGGCCACUGCCCUGAAGUCGCGCACCGUGCAGAAGGAGUAUGUGGCGCGCGUCAAGGGCAAGUUCCCCGACGGCGUGGUUGUUUGCGACCAGCCCAUCAUGCAGGUUAGCCCAAAGCUGGGCUUGAACCGUGUGCGUGCCACUGGAAAAGAAGCGACGACCAAAUUCCGCCGCCUGGCGUACUACCCCCCGGAAACCUAUGAGCCCAACACAGCCGGGGCGGAUGGACGCCCCGCUACCCCGCCCAUGACUCUUCAUAAUGAAGAUGAGGGAUACAGUAUCGUGCACUGCUUCCCGUUGACUGGUCGCACCCACCAAAUUCGAGUUCAUCUCCAAUUCCUUGGUCACCCUAUCAGCAAUGAUCCCAUCUACUCCAACCGCCGUGUUUUCGGGCCUGAGCUCGGCAAGGCCGAAGCGAGCGCGGAACGGGAUGAAGAGAUCGUUGCGCGGUUGUCCCUAAUGGGCAAGACCGAGAUCCCUGACACGGUGUCUUAUCGUACACACUUGACUGCGGCACCCAACCUGCCACCCAACACAGACCCAGUCCUCGUGAAUGAAAUCAUGCACCGGGAACAGAUGGCUGCGGCUGAAAACUACGAAAAGCGCAAGGGCGAAAAGCUGUCCGGUAUUUUCUGCGAUGUCUGUGGCACUGAGCUCUACUCCGACCCAGGUGUUCAUGAGCUUGGUAUCUUCCUGCAUGCUGUCGCGUAUGCCGAUCGCGAUGGUGACUGGGGUUACCGUAGCCCCAUGCCUCAUUGGGGUUUGCCGCCAGCGGGUAUGGAAGGACCUCGGGAAGUCCCAGACUGGGUUCCCGCCGCUGAAGGGGAAGAACAUGUUAUUGGAAACGGAACCAUUCCCCCUGGCCUAGGUGACGAGGAUCACGCUGCAGAUGCACAGACUGGUUCCGUGCUUCUGGAAGGUGUUGGUUUGGUCAAUAUCUCGGAUGCCGCCAAGAUGACGAAUGAGCCUUCAAAUGAGGCUGCAGCUGCCACCAACUAA